AUGCGACAAAUAGCGUCGAUUCGGGUGACACACCGUCAGUCGAAACGCCAGAUUUCUCCCCGGAAUCACCAGAUUCCCCUGAAAGCGGACGUGGCAGAAGAGCCGCGUUUAGACCUCAUCAGAAAUGAUGGUCGCUUCUCGAAAUCGGGCAAAAGCCCUAAUUUGAACGUUGCGAUAAAUAUUGCUUAG